AUGUUGCAAUGGAGUCUUCUGGUAGUCUCUUUCCUCCUUUCUCCAGUUCCAGCGAGUGCAGCCAAAGAACUCCCUAAGGCCAAGAAUUAUGAAGUGGUUUAUCCCAUAAGACUUCACCCAUUGCGUAAAAGAGAAACCAAAGAGCCAGAGCCAAAGGAAGCAUUUGAAACUGAGCUAAAGUACCAGAUGACAAUCAAUGGAAAGGUGGCGAUCCUGUACUUGAAGAAGAACAACAAGCUCCUAGCACCAGGCUACUCGGAAACAUACUAUAAUUCCAGUGGAAAGGAGGUCACCACAAGCCCACAGAUCAUGGUUAACUGUUACUACCAAGGGCACAUCAUAGAUGAGAAAGAUUCUGAAGCCAGCAUCAGCAUGUGUGACGGUCUACGGGGCUACUUCAGUCAAGGAGAUGAACGAUAUUUUAUCGAACCUUUGAGAUCUGAGAGUCUGAAUGAACAUGCCCAUGCAGUCUUCAAGAACGACCCCAACGAAGACCAGGCUAACAGCAGCUGUGGCGUGGAUGAUGUGCGGUGGCAACAAGGGCUGCAUGGGAACGUGGUCCCAUCUGCCACCAGACUGAUUAAGCUGAAUGGUGGGAAGGCUCACGAACCUAAGACAUAUAUUGAAUAUUUUUUGGUCCUGGAUAAUGGUGAGUUUAAGAAGUACAAUAAAAAUCUUACUGAAAUAAGAAAGAGAGUGCUUGAGAUGGCCAAUUACGUCAACAUGCUUUACAAAAAGCUUAAUGCCCAUGUAGCCUUAGUUGGAAUGGAAAUCUGGACCGAUGAGGAUAAAAUAAAGAUAACCCCAGAUGCCAACACCACCCUGGAUAACUUCUCUAGAUGGAGAGGAAAUGAUCUACUAAAGCGGAAGCAUCAUGAUAUUGCCCAGUUAAUCUCCUCAAGAGACUUUUCUGGAUCAACAGUGGGCCUCGCUUUCAUGUCUUCAAUGUGUUCCCCUUAUCAUUCUGUUGGCAUCAUUCAGGAUCACAGUAACUACCAUCUUCGAGUUGCAGGGACAAUGGCUCAUGAAAUGGGGCACAACCUCGGUAUGAUCCAUGACUAUUUGAGUUGCAAGUGUCCAUCUGAAGUCUGUGUAAUGGAGCAGUCACUAAGGUUCCAUAUGCCCACAGACUUCAGUUCCUGCAGCCAUGUCAACUAUGGGCAGUUUCUUGAAGGCAAAUUGUCUCAUUGCCUCUAUAAUACCCCACUGCCUUCUGAUAUCAUAUCCAUCCCAGUGUGUGGCAACCAAAUACUAGAGAUGAACGAAGAAUGUGACUGUGGCUCCCCCCAGGAGUGUACCAACAGAUGCUGUGAUGCGAAGAGCUGUAAAAUCAAAGCAGGUUUCCAGUGUGCCCUGGGGGAGUGCUGUGAGAAGUGCCAACUUAAAAAGGCUGGGGUUGUAUGCAGAGCAGCAAAAGAUGAAUGCGAUCUGCCUGAAAUGUGUGAUGGUAAAUCCAGCCACUGCCCAGUUGACAGAUUUAGAGUCAAUGGCUUUCCUUGCCAAAAUGGGCAUGGCUAUUGCUUGAAGGGCAACUGUCCCACCCUGCAGCAGCAGUGCAUCGAGAUGUGGGGCCCAGGAACCAAGGUGGCAGAUCAGUCAUGUUUCCAGCACAAUGAAGGUGGCUCAAAGUAUGGAUACUGUCACAUAGAGAACGGCACGCACGUGCCCUGCAAAGCAAAAGAUUCCAUGUGUGGGAAGUUGUUCUGUGAAGGUGGGUCACAUAAUCUGCCGUGGAAAGGACUUACAGUAUCUUUUCUGACAUGUAAACUAUUUGCUCCUGAAGACACCAGUCAAAGAAUAGGCAUGGUGGCUAAUGGAACCAAGUGCGGACAGAACAAGGUGUGCAUUAAUGCGGAGUGUGUGGACAUGGAGAAGACAUACAAGUCAACCAACUGCUCCUUGAAGUGCAAGGGGCAUGCAGUGUGUGACCAUGAGCUGCAGUGUCAGUGCAAGGAAGGAUGGGCCCCUCCUGACUGUGAGGAUUCUGCCGCAGUCUUCCAUUUCUCCAUCGUGGUUGGUGUGCUCUUCCCUCUGGCAGUCAUAUUUGUGGUGGUUGCUAUAGUGAUCCGGCAUCAAAGUGCCAGAAGGAAUCAGAAGAGAGUUCAGAGGCCACUGCCCACCAAGGAUGCCAAGCUGCACAAACAGAAGAGUAAAUCCCCAAAGGCGAAGACAGUUCAACCCCAGGAGAUGAGUCAGAUGAAGAAGCUCCACGUGUCUGAAGAAGCUCUGCCCACUGAAGAGAAUGAGCCUCCCCCCAAUGUUCUAUCCACGAAGCCAAAUUUCCCACCACCACCAAUUCCUGUUUCCUCGGAUUCAAAUGCAAAAGUCUGAAGCAACAGCUAAGCCAGGGUUGAUGAUCGCAUGAUCAGAUUGGAAGCCUGGAUGUUUUGGAUGGAAAAGAGAUGUGUUCACUUCUUUAUUACUAUUGCUCUUGGC